UACGUGUGGCUGUAGUGGAUGUGUUGGACUCUGAGUGGCGAGGCUCGGUUCCUUGAGCCCUUCGGUCAGUGAGUUAGUUACGCCGAGUGACUCGGGCAAUGCACCCGGCGUGAUUUCCGAGUGCGCGUUGUUGUUGCUGCUGCUGCUGCUUUCUUCCCUCCCGAGCUGAUGUUGCGGGCAGCGUCACUCCAGCCUCUCUCACCCUCGCUGCUGAAUGAGCUCCUCCUUUCAUCGGCUGCAGCAGACAUGGCGACAACACUGCAACCGCUUACACUUAAGAGAGAUGUGGCUCGAGCCAUCGAAUUGCUGGAGAAACUCCAGGAAAGUGGAGCGGUGCCAAUCCACAAGUUGCAGUCCUUACAGAGGGUGCUGCAGAGUGAAUUCUGCACAGCUGUCAGGGAGGUUUAUCAGUACAUGCAUGAGACAAUAACCAUCAGUGGCUGUCCAGAAUUCAGAGCUCGUGCAACGGCCAAGGUGUUCGAGAGUAUAUAUGAGAAUUUAGACAUCAGUGGCAGCCCAGAAGGUAGAGCCAGUGCUACUACCCAGGCCACUGUCGCUGCUUUCGCCGCCAGUGAAGGCCAUUCUCACCCUCGUGUGGUGGAAUUACCAAAAACGGAAGAAGGCCUCGGAUUUAACGUAAUGGGUGGAAAAGAACAAAAUUCACCCAUUUACAUCUCUCGCAUAAUUCCUGGAGGUGUCGCGGAUCGACAAGGGGGCCUAAAGCGCGGUGAUCAAUUGUUGUCCGUCAAUGGAGUGAGUGUGGAAGGGGAGCACCAUGAAAAGGCAGUAGAAUUGCUGAAGGCUGCUCAGGACAGUGUGAAACUGGUGGUGCGUUACACACCCAAGGUGCUAGAAGAAAUGGAGGCGAGAUUCGAGAAACUGCGAACUGCCCGACGCAGGCAACAACAACAGCUUCUGCUCCAGCAACAACAACAGCAGCAGCAGGUUCAACAAAACCAUAUGUCAUAGAUUUGUGAAGAAGGAAUUUCCCAUUUCUUGGUGAUGAAAGCUGCCAAUUUAACAGAUGAUACUGCAAUUGAUAGUAAUACUGUGGGAAGAACAAUAACCUUCAGAUACAGUAGAUUCUUUGUGAAGAUGUGUAUAUAAAUUCUCCAACCCUGAUAUAUUGUGUACAUCAUGCUGUAAAUGAUUGUGAAGUUUUAGCUAAGCUUAGCGUAGCUUAGAACAAAAUGGCACAAGGUUUUUUUGACAAGUAAUUAAAUACAAUACAAUAAUCUGUUGCGAGUCAUAGUAACUGUUACAAGUUAGAAUUCUUCUUUUAAAUGAGAGAUUCUAACUUAGCAAACAGAAUAUGGACAGAGUUUUUCUCCAUUUAAAGACAUCUAUAUUGGCGUGUAAAUGUUUGUCUUGGAUAUAAUUACAAUGCUAUAAAAUAAGCUUGUUUUCAAAUAAUAUUUCUUAAGAGAAUUCCAAAGAAAUAUCAGAUUUUGAAAUUAUAAUUAUUUUUCACAUAUUAAUGUAAGAUUUUAUUUUUCCAACCAGUCUCCAGUUUAUUAAAAGUCUUGUGCCUAAUCGUAAAAGCCAAGUUCAAGCUAUCUUGUGAAACAUAUUUGGACAUGCAAUUUUAAUGUUGUUUAAAGGAAGUAUGAGUUAACACGUUGAUUGUCUCAAUAAAGUAAGUCUGUUGUAUUGAUUAUUCAA